UACUGGUGAGGCGCACUGGUCUCCUAUAGUGUCUUGUGGCCUAAAGCCCUGUGAUGGUGUAGUACCUGCAGUGUGACCAGUGGCUGAUGGGCGGUUCAAAGUCCUGUGAUGCUGUAGUACCUCUGCAGUGUGACCAGUGGUUUGUGGAUGGUUCAAAGCCCUGUGAUGCUGUAGUACCUCUGCAGUGUGACCAGCGGCUGAUGGGCGGUUCAAAGCCCUGUGAUGCUGUAGUACCUCUGCAGUGUGACCAGUGGCUGAUGGGCGGUUCAAAGCCCUGUGAUGGAGUAGUACCUCUGCAGUGUGACCAGUGGCUGAUGGGCGGUUCAAAGCCCUGUGAUGCUGUAGUACCUCUGCAGUGUGACCAGCGGCUGAUGGGCGGUUCAAAGCCCUGUGAUGCUGUAGUACCUCUGCAGUGUGACCAGCGGCUGAUGGGCGGUUCAAAGCCCUGUGAUGCUGUAGUACCUCUGCAGUGUGACCAGUGGCUGAUGGGCGGUUCAAAGCCCUGUGAUGCUGUAGUACCUCUGCAGUGUGACCAGUGGCUGAUGGGCGGUUCAAAGCCCUGUGAUGCUGUAGUACCUCUGCAGUGUGACCAGCGGCUGAUGGGCGGUUCAAAGCCCUGUGAUGCUGUAGUACCUCUGCAGUGUGACCAGUGGCUGAUGGGCGGUUCAAAGCCCUGUGAUGCUGUAGUACCUCUGCAGUGUGACCAGUGGCUGAUGGGCGGUUCAAAGCCCUGUGAUGCUGUAGUCCCUCUGCAGUGUGACCAGCGGCUGAUGGGCGGUUCAAAGCCCUGUGAUGCUGUAGUACCUCUGCAGUGUGACCAGUGGCUGAUGGGCGGUUCAAAGCCCUGUGAUGCUGUAGUACCUCUGCAGUGUGACCAGCGGCUGAUGGGCGGUUCAAAGCCCUGUGAUGCUGUAGUACCUCUGCAGUGUGACCAGCGGCUGAUGGGCGGUUCAAAGCCCUGUGAUGCUGUAGUACCUCUGCAGUGUGACCAGCGGCUGAUGGGCGGUUCAAAGCCCUGUGAUGCUGUAGUACCUCUGCAGUGUGACCAGCGGCUGAUGGGCGGUUCAAAGAGGGGUUUCCUACUCUCCUGUCUGUCUGCUCACUCAGUCUGA